GGGGGCGGGGGCAGCAGUAAGGGGGGGGGCGACCAGGCAGCGGUGGAAGCGACUGAAGGAUGCUUCUUUUUCAGCAUGCAGUGACUGAUCCUGGAGCCUGAAGGCGCAGUGGGUCCGGUGGGCACCUGAGCUUAGAUGAAGGAUGAAGAGCCCGGUGCACAGAUGCAGGGAUGUGGAGCACGGGCGGGGGCGGUCUGGGUCCGGAUCCGGUGGAACGUCCAACUGCCUCCAGCCCGAGCAGCGCAUCCCGAUCUCCAAAGACGUCAUCACCUCCUCGUCUGCCUCGGCCAUGUGGUUCAUCAGGGACGCUUGCGGCAUCAUUUGCGCCGUCAUCACCUGGCUGCUGGUGUUUUACGCGGAGUUCGUGGUGCUGUUUGUGAUGCUGCUGCCCUCCAAGAAUCUGACCUACAGCAUAGUGAACGGGACUCUGUUCAACACGCUGGCCUUUCUUGCCCUUGCCUCACAUCUCAGGGCGAUGUGCACUGACCCUGGGGCGGUGCCAAAAGGGAACGCUACAAAGGAAUACAUAGAAAGCCUUCAGCUGAAACCAGGGCAGGUGGUCUACAAAUGUCCCAAGUGCUGCAGUAUCAAGCCUGACCGAGCACACCACUGCAGUGUUUGCAAACGCUGCAUACGGAAGAUGGACCACCACUGCCCCUGGGUCAAUAACUGUGUCGGAGAGAACAACCAAAAGUACUUUGUGCUUUUCACAAUGUACAUUGCACUCAUCUCUCUCCACGCUCUAAUCAUGGUGGUCUUCCAUUUCCUCUACUGCUUUGAAGAUGAUUGGACAAAGUGCAGUUCCUUCUCUCCUCCAGCAACAGUCAUCCUCCUCAUUCUCCUGUGCUUUGAGGGCCUCCUCUUCCUUAUCUUCACCUCUGUGAUGUUCGGCACCCAAGUCCACUCCAUCUGUACCGACGAGACCGGCAUAGAGCAGUUGAAAAAGGAAGAGAGAAGAUGGGCUAAAAAAACUAAGUGGAUGAACAUGAGGGCGGUGUUCGGACACCCUUUCUCCUUAUUGUGGUUUAGCCCCUUCUCCACCCCCGACCACGGGAAGGCGGAGACUUACCAGUAUGUGGUGUGAGAUCAGCGCAGGGAACGAGGCCACCGGGUCAAAACCAAAGUGGGAAAAAGGGGGCGAGCAGAAGGUUUUCUUCCACGUCCCCCCCCCCCCUCGCCCCUCCCCCCCACGCUGAACAUGACGUACGCUCUGUCUCCCACAGUAGCCAUGGACAGCUUUGCACCUGCUUUUUGUGUUGCCGACUAACUGCGCUAUCCGUUUGAUUCUGUUGUGUUGAGUACACCGAGUUGCAGAGAAAAAGAAACACUUUGAGUUUGUGAAACACUGUGAUGGAUCUGUGUGUUUUUCUGAGCUGUUACUAUUUCUGUUGUAUCCGAAGCCUUCUCUUUUCCUGCUCUGUCUUUUCUCCUGCUGUUCUUAAAGGGUCAGUUCAACACAAACUCACAUUCACUUGGUUUUUAAUGUUGGACUCGUGUCAUGCAGGCAGUUUCUGGAAAACUCCUCAAAAACCUUGUUGAGCUGUGUCAAAAGGAACAUUUCUGCACAAAUUUUCUUAAUUUACUUAAAACUUUUCCUUAGGGCUGGGUGAUAUAACCAAAGAAAUCUGUCUUUUUCCAAAUUUUACGGACGACUAAGACUUUAAAGUAACUUUUGUCCAUGUGAACGUAAGAUAAAUAGUAACAAAAAAGCAGAACUUACAAGAGUGUUAAUGUGCAUAGGAUUAAAUAAAACCUCGAUAGCAACAUUGAGAAUGAAUAUAUUUCAUCCAACAAUCAGGUUGAAUUAUUAAAAACAUCAAUAAUUGUCAAACAAAUGGAAAAAAAUUGAUUACUUGAAUUUUAAAUGGGCGAUAGUGUUUUUUUUUCUGUGUCAAGGAUGAUUUAUGAUUGUGUUCUUGCUACAUGAACUGAAGACAAAGCUUGAUCCAAAAAUACUCACUCUUCAUUAAACCUGUCAUGCAGAACUGUAGAAACAUAUUCACAGUUAAUGCGUGGUUGAAAAACAAAGUCCCUGUUGAUGGACCUGUGGGGUUGAAUUAAUGAAGAAUUCAGACCCAAGCAGAGCAUUUACAGUUUAUGUAGACCACAGGGAAGUGUUUUAAAAUGCAUAAUUCCAUUUAAAAAAAGCUAAAUAUAUAUCUCCUUUGAUGCUAAAGUCAAGAGGUAAAUAAGGGACGCGUAACGUAAAUUAAGGACAAAAUAAUCUGUACAAAAUAAUGAUUUAUUUAACACAAAUACUCAGAAACUGGAACCAAAGAGAUGAAAAAAGACAAGGAAACUAAUGCCAAACUAAAGGGAUGAACGUCCCACAAUUCCAAGCUAAAACUAGGACUAAAGGGAAGGAUGGUGACUGCUUAUCUCUUAUAUAAUGAAUCACACUAUUAAAACCAUAGCACUUUUGGGUCAGACUGUGUACAUUACAAAAAGCAAACAGGUUGCAAUAAUAACAUCAUAAUAUAAUUUUCAUUGAGCAUCAAACUUCUACAGAGGAAUUAUGCAGAUUCUGUCAUUUGUAUUAUUUUCAGAAAACAUAACCUGCAUUAAUUGAAUGAAUUUGGUUUAUAGUCGCUGAAAAAAUUAUUAGACCACCCCUUGUUUUCUUCAGUUUCUUGUUCAUUUUAAUGCCUGGUACAACUAAAGGUACAUUUGUUUGGACGA